CAACCAGUUUUCGAGGGGCUCUAAGCCAAGCAAAAAUCAGAUAAAACUCACAGCCAACAGUCAAAAAUGAAACAGUUGGGUCGAGCUUUUCAACCAAAUAGGUUUGUUGGAAGCACCAAUUCAUAGUCAAAUAAAAUGAAGUUCUUGUUGAUAGUUAUCAUGGGCAUUCUUGCCAUGGCAUCAGCUCAGUUCGGACCCCUUGGCGGAUUAAUCCGGGACUUUGAGCGGUUUGAGGGCCAGCAGCAGCAGCAGCAGCAACAGAGCGGAUUCGGGGGCCAACAGCAGCAGCAACAGGAGGAGGGCGUCAUUUUCAGGGGUCCUUUUGGCGGCGGUGUUGAGUUUUUCCAGGAGCAGCAGCAACAGCAGCAGGGUGGAGGCGGCGGCCAGCAGCAGCAACAGCAGGAGAACCUAUUUAAUUUCUUCGGCUAGAAAGUAGAGUAGAAAAGCCAGAGUCUGAGUAAUAUUAAGAAACUGUUAUCAACUAAAAUAAAAUACAACGUUCCAUUGAAA